AUGGCCUUCACCGUCACAGUUCUAUUUCCCAAUGAGCCUGAUGCCAAGUACGACUUUGGCUAUUACGUAACCAAGCACAUGCCUCUUAUCCAAGAGCGUUGGAGCAAAUACGGUCUCAAAAGCUGGUCGGCUACACAAUUCUCCAAUGGACUCGACGGUUCACCCAGUCCCUACGCAUUUGGAUCUGUUGUCGAAUGGGAGGAUGCAAAUCAGGUAAAAACUGCUUUUGCAGGACCUGAGGUCGCCGAGAUUAUGGGAGACGUGGCCAAUUUCAGCAACAAGGAGGGUGUUUUUCUUCUGGGCAAAGUCGCGGUCUGAUUUGCUAUGCGAGUGUUGCUAAGUGCUUAUGAGUGAUAGAAUCCACUAACUGGAUCGGAG